CAGCUGUUAAAAUGUUUACAUUCACUUCGGACAAGCCUUCAGGGUCACUUUUGCGUUGAAAUUGCACAUUUUAUACCUUUUCCAGAGGUAUUUUCGCCUCUCCACGUCUGCCAAUUAGCACUCGGCUUUCUGUGGAACUCGGCUUGUGCGCCUUCAGCUCUCAGUCUGCUCCGCAACUUCGACCGAUAAAAGACGCCGGAAAAACUUCCGUCGCGGGAGAAAGAUACAGAGCUAGCUGUUAGGUGCUUCAUUACCAUUAUCAGGCAUUAGAUAAAAUCAUGGAGGAAACGUAUCUGUACGAUCCCAGUCUGCUGAUAAAGCUUGACUUUCAUCGAAGCCCCGCCAAGUUCAAGCCCUUCAUAUCGGCUGCUAAUCCAGGCGAACCAUGGAUGAAGGUGCGCCCCUUAAAGGAUACGGACUAUGACCGUGGAUUCCUGCAGCUGCUCUCCCAACUCACGCAUGUGGGCAAUGUCAAUCGCACACAGUUUUUAACCCGCUUCUCUCAGAUGAAAGCCAGCGGGGACUACUUUGUCACCGUCAUCGAGGAUACGCGCAAGAACGAGAUUAUUGGAGCUGCAUCCUUGGUGAUCGAGCGCAAGUUCAUACACAAUUGUUCGGUGCGUGGACGCCUGGAGGAUGUGGUGGUCAAUGACACCUAUCGCGGCAAGCAACUGGGCAAGCUGAUCGUGGUCACCGUUUCACUGCUGGCCGAGGAACUGGGCUGCUACAAGAUGUCCCUAGACUGCAAGGACAAGCUGAUCAAGUUCUACGAAUCGCUGGGCUAUGUGCUCAUCCCGGGCAACUCCAACUCCAUGACGAUUCGCUACGAUGAGGGACCAACCCUUAAGCGCAAUGCCACCUCAGCUGGCACCAGCAACAGUGGAACAGUGGGCGACUCCUGCCAAACUGUGAGCCUCGAUUUUGCCUCUUGACAAUUAGCCGCCAACGCUGCUCCAAAGUCCAAGCUUUGAGUGGGUCCCAAGCCCAACUCAAAGUUACAAAUGCGCGAAGCGCAAUGCAGGACACGAGAAAAUUGGAUAACAAAAAUAAUGAAAACUACUUUGCAUAGCCAAAAUACCAUUGCGCUGAGGGCAAAAAUGGAUUUUUUGGAUAGCGCUGGCCGGCGGUGGUGUCCUUGCAGGGCAACUCCAAUACGCCUGCAAGGACAUACAAUUAGUUAUUUAGUUAAAAGGCAACCGCAACCCAUGUUGCUCUUUCUCUGUUUUUUUUAUAAUCCUUACAGAACACUCAAUUUUAUAACUUUUUCUCCCCUUUCUGCUACUGAUUGAUUGUGCGGCCUCAAAACUCUCAACUCAAAGGUAGUUGUAAUUUUACCUUUCAAAAGCACCUUCAUCAAGUAGCCUUAACUUUGAUAAAUAAAUAACACAUAAAUAAAUAAA